AUGUUCGCGAAUGCCGGGGCCCUCACGAUUACCAUCCUCGCGGCUCUCCCCACGGGCUUAGCCUGCUUGGGUUAUACCGGAGGACUGCCAAAGGCUACUUCCAGCAAGGCAAUCUCUGCCCCAAUCUACGUCAAGUCCGGUGAAGUCUUUGACGGCGGCUGGGCCAAGUACGAUAGGAAUCCCACCUCCUGCAGAAGCCAGCAAGAAGGAGGUGAGGCUGACACCGCUUUCGUCCUCGAGAAAGGAGCCACUCUGCGGAAUGUCAUCAUUGGCAAGACUGCCGGCGAGGGAGUAUAUUGCCUGGGAGGCGGUUGCAACAUUGAGUUCGUCUGGUUCGAGGACGUUUGUGAGGACGCCAUCUCCAUCAAAGAGGACAAGGCCGGUGACGUGACCUGGAUUGUUGGUGGCGGUGCCUACCAUGCCUCCGACAAGAUCAUCCAACACAACGGCUGCGGCCGCGUCAACAUCAUCAACUUCUACGCCGAAGACUAUGGAAAGGUUUACCGUUCAUGCGGAACUUGUGGAAAGUGCGCUCGUGAGGUGUACAUCGAGGGUGUCACCGCUCGUAAGGGGGGCGAGGUGGCUGGAAUCACCAAGUCCAACGGCGACAAGGCCACGCUCGUCAAUGUUUGUACCGAUGCCAAAACCCCUUGCCAGAACUACAGUGGUCCCGGCGUCAAGGAUGGCGCUUGCUAG